AAAGGAAUAAUAACAGGUGUAUUCUGACUCCUGAAUUCUGACCUGCUGCGCUGCACAUCUGUUCGCCUUCCUCCCGCCAGGUGCCACCCAUGCGUCCGUGGGGGGCCACGCCUGCCACUGACACCUGGGCCUACCGAUCAGGAGCUUCCCCUUUCCCAUGCCCGGCUCCAGGUUCAGGCGUCCAGCUCCAGCCCGGCAGCCCCCGAGUGCGGUAGUGCCAACGCCGAGCAGAAAGCCAGAAACCGAACCCAGGCGUUGGCAAUUGGCAUCUCCCUUUCCUAAGCCAUGGCCACGGGGCGGUCUGUACGACUCGUGCUGGAUGCCUCCCUCCUCCUCAAUCCCUCCUCCACCAGGGAGGCGGCGGCGGCGGCGGUGGCGCUGCGGCCCGGGGUGGAGGAGCUGUUGCGGCGCCUGCGCUACUCCAACCUGAGCGUGGCAAUCUGCUGUGCAGAGGGCAUGCCAUCUAAUGAGUCAGGCUUUCUUCAAAAGGUUGCAAGCUCACACUUGUUUGACUCUAUACUGCUUCUUGCAAAAAGUGGGAAUCUUUCUCCAACUGAAUUAAUGUUAGAAUGGAGCCGGACAAGUUUUUGUUUAUAUGUGACUUCAAGAGUUGACAAAGGUUUAAUUUCUGAGCUUCAGAAUCAGAACUGGAGAGUUCUUUCUGUAGGUAAUGAAUGUAGCAUAGAUGUUCCUGGUGUUUUAAAUGUUCAGAGGCUUCAGGAGUUGAUUCUCACCUUGGCUACUCUAAUAAAAAGGGAAAUAUGUGGCUCAUCUGUUCUGGUGAUUGGAUAUAUAAUGAAAAAAUCCCGUGAGGAAGACUUCGCAAAGAGAGGAGCAUUUCCCAUAUAUCCUAGUAAGGACAAUCUUAUCUUCGUUCCCCUCUCUUUCGAGCUUCCUUUAAGUUUGCAACUGCAAGAAGUUGAUAUGGUCCUCCACAAAAUAACCGAUGAGAUUGUCAAGAUCGAUCCAAACUGCUCCAUCGAUUUUCCAAGAGGGAUUUCAUUUUCUGCAGGAAUGUCUGAAAUUAUAAGGUUUGUGGAAGAGCACCCUGAUUUUUGCGUCAUGGAUUCAUUUAAAAAUAUUUACCCAUUGCUCGAUCGUCUUCAAAUCCAAAAAAUCCUUGUCCGGUUGCAAGAACUUAGCACUGAAAGAAAGCCAAAACUUCGAGCACCAUAUUCUUUGAAGGUUGACAAUUUUCAUGAUGGUGAAUUAGAUAAGCAUCUAGCAGAAGCUAAUUUAUCCUUCCCACUCAUUGUAAAGCCACAAGUCGCUUGUGGAGUUGCUGAUGCCCACAAUAUGGCAUUAGUUUUUCAAAUUGAAGAAUUUAGCAACCUAAGUGUGCCCCUUCCUGCUGUACUACAGGAAUAUGUGGAUCAUGGAUCCAAGAUUUUCAAAUUUUAUGUGAUUGGAGACAAAGUUUUCUAUGCUGUUAGAGAUUCAAUGCCCAAUGCACGCUUUCUGAAGUCAUCAUCAGGAGGUGAAUCUCUUACGUUUAAUAGUUUGAAGACUCUUCCAGUGGCUACCAAGGAGCAGCAACUGCAAACCGGGGUGCAAGAUAGCAAACUGUUAGAUGCCAAUCUAGUAGAAGAGGCUGCGAAAUUUCUAAAGGGACUGCUUGGACUUACAAUAUUUGGGUUUGAUGUCGUUGUUCAAGAAGGCACCGGAGACCAUGUCAUAGUGGACCUAAACUACCUCCCAUCUUUCAAAGAAGUUCCCGACUCAGAGGCGGUGCCUGCAUUCUGGGAUGCAGUCAGGCAGGCAUACGAAUCGCGGCGAGGGAACAUCGCGUGGAGCUCCAGGGAUGGUUUCAGCAUUGCCGGCACAGUUUUGGUGCCUAGAGUAUUCUCUGGCUACCUGUGUUGUGUGAUGGAUCGCGUGAAGAAAUUCACUGGCAUGGCGAAGGGCACACCUACUGCGGUCCCAGUUGGGAGAGAUGAAGAUGAGAGCUUGGUUCUGUUUGGGGAGCUGUAUAAGCAUGAGAAAGAGAGAGAUAUGAACCUCCUUGAGCCAAUGUUUUCGGUGGAGUUUGAAGCUAUUCAAGGAGAUGGUCGCAUGUUCAAGCUUCCUUCAGGAAAGAGAGAUUACCUCCUUCCAGAUGGCGAAAAGCAUGAUUACGACUGGCUCAAGACUCCUCCAGCGACCCCACUGUUCCCCUCCCUUGAGAUGGAAGCCAACUCAUCCCAGAUGAUUUUUCAGAAGGAGCUGCCUAUACUUCAGCCAAUCAGAACUUCAAGGUUCUCAAGCAAUCCUGACUCUACAACUGCAUCAACAACGUCUGAAUCACCUACCUCCAGCUCCACUACGUCUGUAACAACUCCGACAGUGAGGCCCAGCUCUUCAUCAUCAAAGAAAAAACUCAACAGAGAAGCUCCUACUCCAUCUAAAGAUCAGGACUCAGCUUACAGAAUGGAUAAGAAGUCCAGCUAUACACCUCUGACCAAUAGGCAGCACAAUUCAAUUCCUGCAGCGCCAACAACAGCUACUACUACUGCAGCCACCAAAGCAUCCAAGAAAACUUCUGGCAACAAAUCUCAGCCAUCAAAGGAAGCCAAGAAUGUGGCAAGACUGGACAAGGCACCAAAGAACGUUACAGCAACCGCAACGAAACCUCGGUUGAAUGCUGGUGCAAAGGAUCAGAAGGUGGAUGCUGUCAUCACCAGGAGACUGUCAUGCCCAGCUGCUGCAACAACAGACAACGUGCAGGUUACAGCAACACUGAAAGGGAGGAGCAGAGCUGCCACCGGCGUUGUGCCUACUGCCCGUAAGGGUGCCAGUGCCACCGAUGCGGUGCUAAAGGGAAGGAGAGCAGGAGAGAAGCAGCAGAGACCAAAGCUUGGAAGCCAUGCUAAGAAGUGAACACGGUGGUUUCAGCUGAUCAGUAGAUGGGACGCUCUCUUCAGGAAGGAAUGCAGAAAGAGUAACAUCCAAUUUCCACCCAAUGUAUGCAAAUACACCUAUUGAGUUAUUGGAAUAAACUUAGUUGCCUUAAGUUAUGACAAUACGCGUAACUUGAUUGUUCUUAGCAGUUAAUGUUUUAUGUUGGUGAUAUUCACCAUGUAGCUUUUUGGAUGGGGACUUUUCACUAUCCCAAAUCACUGCAGUUUCUUGACGGA